AACCGCCCAAGCCCGGGGUCUGUUUCGGCAACUUCGCAUAAGGCCGUCAACCUGCAGUUUGUCAGAGUUUCCAAAAAAAGAGUGGAAGUGGUAUACAUGAUACAAGUAUUCAUGAACAUGCAGAAUUCCUAUGAUGCAAGUUAUAAGACCAUAACAAUGAAAUAUGUCCUUUACUAUGGUGGAAAUGACCUGGCAUUGUCCUAACUGAGCAAAGCAGCAGCCACCAUGGCCUCAGACAAGGUGACACUGGAGGACGCACUCUCCAACGUGGAGGUCCUGGAGGAGCUGUCACUGCCUGACCAGCAGCCCUGUAUCGAGGCACAGGCGUGCUCGGUCGCCUACCACGCCAACUUCGACACAAACUUCGAGGAUCGCACUGCCUUCGUGUCGGGCGUGGCCAAGUACAUCGAGGAGGCCACUGUACACGCCAAUCUGAAUGAGUUGCUGGAGGAGGGUCAUCAGCAUGCAGUGAUGCUGUACACCUGGCGGUGCUGCUCGCGUGCCAUACCGCAGCCCAAGUCCAACGAGCAGCCGAACCGUGUCAAGAUCUACCAGAAGACGGUGGACGUGCUGGGGCCAGAGGUGGACAAGCUGCUCAACUUCAUGUACUUCCAGCGCAAGGCCAUCGAGCGCUUCUCGGCCGAGGUCAAGCGGCUCUGUCACCAGGAGAAGCGCAAGGACUUCGUGUCGGAGGCCUACCUGCUCACGCUCGGCAAGUUCAUCAACAUGUUCGCCGUGCUGGACGAGCUGAAGAAUAUGAAGUCCAGCGUGAAGAACGACUACUCCACGUACAGAAGGGCGGCGCAGUUCCUCAAGGUGAUGGCUGACUCGCAGACACUGCAGGAGUCGCAGAACCUCUCCAUGUUCCUGGCCACCCAGAACAAGAUCCGCGACACUGUCAAGGAGAACCUCGAGAAGAUCAUCAACUACGAGGAACUGCUGGCCGACGUGGUCAAUAUCUGCGUGCAUAUGUACGAAACAAAGAUGUACCUGACACCACAGGAAAAGCACAUGCUGGUGAAGGUGAUGGGCUUCGGCCUGUUCCUGAUGGACAGUGAACAGUGCAACAUCAACAAGCUGGACCAGAAGAAGCGCAUCUGCAUCAGCAAGAUCGACAAGAUCUUCAAGGGUCUGGAGGUGGUGCCGCUCUUCGGCGACAUGCAGAUCGCGCCCUUCAACUACGUGCGGCGCAGCAAGAACUUCGACCCGUCCAAGUGGCCGCUGGCCAACACGAACCAGACGCACCCGCAGUCGGACCUGCUUAGCUCCCUGCCGCAGAUCCGCGACGACCACCUCAAGUACAUCUCCGAGCUGGCCAGAUACAGCAACGAGGUGACCACCACGUACAAGGACUCGCCGCGCACGGACGCCGAGAACCGGGCCAUCUGCGAGCUGGCGCUGCGCGGCCUCCAGCUGCUCUCCGAGUGGACGUCGGUGGUGACGGAGCUCUACUCGUGGAAGCUGCUGCACCCGACCGACCACCACCAGAACAAGGAGUGUCCCACCGAGGCCGAGGAGUACGAGCGGGCCACGCGCUACAACUACACCGACGACGAGAAGUUCGCGCUGAUCGAGGUCAUCGCCAUGAUCAAGGGCCUCCAGGUGCUGAUGGCCAAGAUGGAGACGGCCUUCAGCGACGGUAUCCGGCGUAACAUCUACGCCGAGCUGCAGGACUUCAUCCAGCUGACGCUGCGCGAGCCGCUGCGCAAGGUCAUCAAGAACAAGAAGGACCUGGUCCGGAGCAUCAUCACGUCCAUCCGGGAGACGUGUGCCGACUGGCAGCACGGCGUCCAGCCGCAGGACGACCCCAUGCUGCGCGGGAAGAAGGACCCCGACAGCGGCUUCAGCAUCAAGGUGCCGCGCCGGCGCGUCGGCCCGUCCUCGACGCAGCUGUACAUGGUGCGCACCAUGCUGGAGUCGCUGAUCGCCGACAAGUCUGGCGGCAAGCGCACGCUGCGCAAGGACAUCGACGGCCCGUACCUGCUGCAGAUCGACCAGUUCCACAAGACGUCCUUCUUCUGGCCGUACCUGCUGAACAUCAGCGAGUUCCUGCAGCAGUGCUGCGACCUCUCGCAGCUGUGGUACCGCGAGUUCUACCUCGAGAUGACCAUGGGCAAGCGCAUCCAGCAUUGCACGGCGCCGCACGAGCACAACGAUGAGUGUACCAACCUGGUGGUGAUGGAGAAGCGCAUUCAGUUCCCCAUCGAGAUGUCGAUGCCGUGGAUCCUGACCGACCACAUCCUGCGCAACAAGGAGCCCUCCAUGAUGGAGUGCGUGCUCUACCCGCUGGACUUGUACAACGACGCUGGCUACUACGCGCUCACCAAGUUCCGCAAGCAGUUCCUCUACGACGAGGUCGAAGCCGAGGUCAACCUCUGCUUCGACCAGUUCGUCUACAAGCUGAGCGAGCAGAUCUUCGCGUACUACAAGAACCUGGCUGGCAGCAUCAUGCUGGACAAGCGCUUCCGGAUCGACUGCGCCAUGCUGGGCACGCGGCUGCCGUACCCGCCGGCCAACCGGUACGAGACGCUGAUGAAGCAGCGGCACGUGCUGCUGCUGGGCCGCUCGAUCGACCUCAACAAGCUCAUCUCGCAGCGCAUCAACGCCAACAUGCAGAAGUCGCUCGACCUGGCGCUGACGCGCUUCGAGGCGAGCGACCUGACCGGCAUCGUGGAGCUGGACGGCCUGCUGCGGGUCAAUCACCUGGCGCACAAGCUGCUGAGCGCCAGCCUGGCCCUCGACGACUACGACGCCAUGCUGCGCGAGGCCAACCACAACGUGCUGGCGCCCUACGGCCGCAUCACACUGCACGUGUUCUGGGAGCUCAACUACGACUUCCUGCCCAACUACUGCUACAACGCCGCCACCAACCGGUUUGUGCGCGCCACGGGCCUGGUGUUCUCGGCCGGGGUGAACCGAGAGAAGCCGCCGCAGGCGCCACACUUCAUGCUCUGGGGCAGCCGGGCGCUCAACACCUCCUACAGCAGCAUCUACGGCCAGUACUCGGGCUUCGUGGGCGCACCGCACUUCAGGGCGGUCUGCCGGCUGCUCGGCUACCAGGGCAUCGCCGUGGUGAUGGAGGAGCUGCUCAAGAUCAUCAAGUCGCUCAUCCAGGGCAACAUCCUGCAGUUCACGCGCACGCUGAUGCACGUGAUGCCGCAGCGCUGUCACCUGCCCAUGCACGACUACGGCUCGGCCGGCGUGCUGGAGUACUACAAUGCCACGCUGAACGACAUCAUCCAGUACCCGGACGCCCGCACCGAGCUCUUCCACAACUUCCGCGAGUUCGGCAACGCGCUGCUCUUCUGCCUGCUGAUGGAGCAGGCGCUCAGCCAGGAGGAGGUGUGCGAUCUGCUGCACGCGGCGCCGUUCCAGUUCAUCCUGCCGCGCGUCUUCUGCCGUGAGAACGAGAAGCAAGAGCUGAAGCAGAAGCGGCUGCAGGAGAAGUACGCCGCCCUGCAGGUGGUGCACAACAUCGGCCAGAUGGGCACGCCCAGCCAAGCCAAUAUCGCCGAGGAGGGCGACCUGCUGACGCGCGAGCGGCUCUGCUGCGGCCUCUCCGUGUUCGAAGUGAUCCUGAGCCGGGUGCGCGGCUUCCUGGACGACCCCAUCUGGGUGGGCCCGCCGCCCAAGAACGGCGUCAUGAACAUCGAGGAGUGCACCGAGUUCCACCGGUUGUGGUCGGCGCUGCAGUUCGUCUACAGCAUCCCGGUCGGAGAGAACGAGUUCACCGUCGAGCAGAUGUUCGGCGAGGGCAUGCACUGGGCCGGCUGCACCAUGAUCGUGCUGCUCGGCCAGCAGCGGCGCUUCGAGGCGCUCGACUUCUGCUACCACCUGCUGCGCGUGCAGCGCGUCGACGGCAAGGACGGCGUCAUCACUGGCAUCCCGCUCAAGAAGAUGGUGGACCGCAUCCGGCGCUUCCAGGUGCUCAACUCGCAGAUCUUCGCCGUGCUCAACAAGUACCUGAAAAGCUCGUACAGCGACCAGGACAACCUGCCGGUGGAGCACGUCAAGUGCUUCCAGCCACCGAUCCACCUGGCCAACCAGGGCCACUACCAGCGGCCCGACCAGCUGCGGCCAGUACGCAAGUCGUGAGCGGGCGGCACCGGCCGGCGCGCGGCGAGCGGGCGCACCCGUGGCAGAGUCGGGGGUGGAGAGGCCGCCCCCCAGCCCCCCCCCCCCGCGCCCGGGAGACGGCAGAGGCGGGUGUUGGAGAGACUGCCCCCGAGUCCCCCCCGCGCCCGGGAGACGGCAGAAACGGCAGCCGGGCGGCGGUGGCGCUCCACACCGGCCGGCCAUGGCGUGACUGGCGCCGGCGGCCGUGGUCCUGGCGUGAUCGCAGAGGCCCGGAGGAGGCUGCCGGCUGUGUUGGUAGUGACCGGACCUGGCCACCGGGCCACUCGGUGCUUGUUGUCAGAUGGUUUGUCUGUUGGUGCGAACUGGCGCCCGUACUGGCGCGAGUGCAGAUCGCUCGGUAGUUCGUGUGGCGGGCGAGUGAGAGCCGAGCGCCGCCCUCGCUCAGGGUGUUCCGUGUGCGAGUCUGCAUCACCCGGUCGUGUGACGAGUCUGUCGGUUGGAGUGUCACAUGAUUGUGUGUGGGCUGGAGCGUAACAUUUGUCUGUGCCGGCUGGAGCCGUCCUGGAACCGCAGGCCGGGCUUCACACCCAUGAGACGAGUGUCGGCGGUCCUUGACUCCGGCCCGCCUGCUGGGCAGAGCCUCCCCGCUCCGCCCCGCCCCGCCGCCUGCGCCAUUAGCCGACGCCAGAUAGAGCCGCGCCUCUUCCCGGAAGUGGUCUGUACGCCGCGCCAGCAGGCGCAGGACGACUGGCGGCGGCCGUCCCGAGCCGCAGUGAUAUGUGCUUCCUGCGAGAUUCGCGCUGGGAAACCCUCGUUGCUAUUUGCGUCAUCCCGCUGCAUUUUCGCAGAUUUUUGUUUCCCGCAUGUCAUCUGCCGUUAUGUAUCAUGGACACUUCUCGUGUUAUUCGUCUUGCUUGAUUACGGAACAUUAUUUUAUACUAUGAAAUGGAAGACUGGUUAAGUGUAAAUAUAAGCGUCCGUCAUAUC